AUGCAGCUCACUACCACUGAUUUUCGGGUCUUCAACUUCUACAUGUUCAUAAAAUGGCUGACCACGGUGAUUAUCCGCACGUUCUUCAUGAAGGUGACGGUUAUAAACGAGGAGCGUCUCCCACUGUUCGGCCCCGUCAUACUGGUAGGUAACCACAACAACCAGUUCAUCGAUGCCGCCACGCUUAUCUACGCGGUUCCGCGCCAGAUUAGUUUCCUGGUUGCGAUGAAAUCCCUCGGACGCCGUGUAAUUGGUUGUUUGGCUCGUUUCGCCGGAUGCAUUCCCGUUCACCGUCAGGAGGACCUCAAGUACAUGGGAGUGGGCAAGAUAUUUUGGAAGCACAAUGAUAAAACAGUACGCGGGAUAGAUACCCAGUUCACCAUGGACCUCAAUGUGGGCGACAAGCUCUUUUUUACAACUGAGAAGCUGAGCAUCGAGACCGUGCACUCCGACACCGAGCUGGCCCUGCAACGCCCUGUUUCACGGCCUUGCAAAGACCAGGAGGGCGGCGAAGAGUUUUGGAUUCUGCCGAAGGUCGACCUUUCAGAUACUUAUGAGGCGGUGUCUACCGCUCUGAGGUUUGGAAACUCCAUCGCAAUUUUCCCAGAGGGCGGUUCUCACGACCGCACUAAUCUCUUGCCGUUGAAGCCCGGUGUGGUAUUGAUGGCAAUAUUCUCCCUACUUGAGGGAGCCGAAGACGUUGUCAUUUUGCCAGUUGGCCUAGCUUAUGGUGACAGCCACGGCAUCCAGUCCAACGCCACCGUGUACUACGGCACCGGUAUUACCAUCUCAAAGAGGGACGUCGAGGAGUUCCAGGUCGACCGUUACACCGUCGUCAAUCGCAUUUUGGGCAUUAUUGAGAAGGGCUUGAAUGAUUGCAUGAUCACGGCCCCGGAUAAGAACAUCAAGGGGUGGAUCGAUCUGUGUGGCAGUUUAUAUCCUCCCGAGCGCAGCAUGAUUCCUACGAACAAAAAAUUCGAGUUGCGCAAGAUCCUGUCUAACAUUUUCUGGCGUCACGGUGAGGACCCGAACACUACCGCACUGAUUGCGCAACUGGCCAGAUACAAGGCGAUGUUGAAGAGCAGCUUCCUGCACGACGACGAGGUGUGGCUACUCAGGCAGUCCAUGCACUCCGCCACGCUGCUCUUUUUGGAGCAGCUGCUCACGUUCGCUUGCUACAGCAUCUUAGGAUUGUCUUGCUUCGUUCUGUGGUUCCCGUUGUACGUCAUAUCGUGGGUAUUGGCCGAGAACCACCGCAAGCAGGCCCUCAAAAACUCCGUGGUGAAGCUGGAGGGCGCAGAUGUGGUGGCAAGCUACAAGAUUUUGGUUCUUAUGGUGAUCACGCCCCUGUUCAACCUGUUUUACGGUUUAAUGCUGGGACUUUACCUCAGCCGCAAGCCCAAGGAGAUUGCCAUCACAGUCGGUUGUUGCAUGGCAAUUCUGCCGAUACUAUACUACAUAAAUCUCCGUUACUUCAACGAGCUACCGCUUCUGCUGCGCCAACUUCGCGUCUUCUAUGUAAUCGUGAUGGGCAAGAUCAACGUCUGGCGUGAGCAUGAACGUGAGCUGAUCACCACGCGAGCGGAACUACAACUACUGGUGCGGGAAUUUGUACACGACGUCGGCCCCAAGGUGUCCGACACCUUCAUGGAUGAGCUGAACGCCAUUAUGCCUAAGGUUAUGAUCGAUGCGGAUACCAGCAGGUUGAUGAGGAGCAAGAGCGACUGGGUACCUAUUUUCGCCAGGACGUACUAUUCGGAGACCAACGAGGAGAUCCUCUGA